CACAGAGUGCUUAAGAUAGUGUAAACUGUAAAAGCGCGAAACCAUAUGAGUGGUGUAAUUAUAUAAAAGAGAAAGAAAAAUUUGCGUAUAUUCUAUAAUACAUUCCAAAACAGUUUUAUUUAAUUUUAUAAUGAAGGGAAUUUUAAUAUUUGACAAUCUCAAUGAUGUAUUAUUUACUAAAUGCGAUAAGAAAUUUGCAUUUCACAUACAAAAAUUAGCUAGAGCACAAGGAUUAAUAACUGAAAAUAAGAAUACUGAUGAUAUUGAUCCAAAACCAUGUCCAAAUAUUAUUAUGCAAUUAUUUUCACCAAUUGUUACUUCUCAAUAUGCCAUGGCUUCACAAUUUGGUAAUUCUUAUACAUCUAUGAAAUGUCAAGAUGGUACAAAUAUGGUAUUUGAUGAAUACAUGGGAUAUACAUUUAUUUACGUUGGUAUAGAAGAAAUAGAAUUAAUGAAGAGAACUUUAGGUAUAUGUGUUUCAAUAGUUCGACAUGUUUGUGGACCAGACGUUACAAUAUUAAAAUCAAGUAGGCAAAAGGUCCAUUUGGUUUCAUCUUUAUUAGAUGCAUGGGUAGAAUUACGUGGUUCUGAACAAAGUAUAUUGACAGAAGCUGUAGAACAAUUAUCCGUUAAUGCAGAUUUAGCAUCUGUCAUUUUAAAAGUUCUUAAUGAUGCCUGCGACAAAUUGAAAGCGCAAUCUGAAUUUUCAAAUAUACACGUUCUAUUACUUGUAAAACAAAAAUUUUUAUCCUUAUAUUCUAGUAAAAAUGCUCAUGAUUUAUGCGCAUCAGAUAUUUUAUUAAUGAUCUUAAUGUGUUGGGUUAUUAAUCAUAAAAAACAAAUUGACAACGAAACAGAUGGAAAUGAUGAUGAUAAUGAUGAUAUUCUAUUACCACAUAAUAGUUCUUCUAGAGAAGAAGAAUCAAAACCAUUCGGUGCAAAACUAUCAAAUCCAACUUUGGAAGAUAUUACAAAUUUAUUUAGAGGAUCAAGAGAAUCUUCUUUAAGCGAAGAUCUUCAUUCUUUAAUACAUGACGGUUUAUACAGUCAAAUAAUACUCCUUGGAUCUGAACAUGAUUAUACUGCAAAUGCUGUCCAUGUUUUUGAAAUAGACGAUGGUAUUUAUCUUGUAACCAUAAUAGAAGUGACAAACUUAGCCACAUCAUCUGGAUUAUAUGACACAUUUCAUUAUUUAAAUAUCAUAAAUGGUUUACAACUUCAAAGAGAUAUUGAUGAAUUGAGACCAGCAUUCGAUAGUCUUGACGCAUCUAUAAAGAAAGGUUUAGAUGGAAUUAAAAAAAAUCGAGCCAAUGUUAAUAAUGACGUUGAUAUGUGCCAAAGAAGAUUGCAAGUAAAAUGGGAAUUUGUGAAAAAGAAAUAUACAGAACUUUUAAAAUCUAGGGAUCCAGAAUCAAUUCUUCAAAUCGAAUCCAAUACAUCUGGUUUUACAGAUACUGUAAAAGAAUUAUUUCGUUUAACAUGUUUCGAUAGAAAUUUUUUAAAACAAGGCGUUGAUGUAUUAACAACAGUGGGCCGUUUGGUGCGCCAAAAACUGAACGAUUUCAGUGAUUUUCUUAAAGUAAAGGCAUUGAAGAACUUCACUCUUGGAUCAUAUCCUUUUUUAAAAAUCCUUAAUGCUAUACAAUCUACGAGAACUUCCCUAACCAUCAACAAAUAUCUAGAAGAAUUUCCAGGUUUGGUGCAUUUUAUAUACAUUGAUAGAACAACCCACAGAUUAACAGCACCAACAUUAGACUUCACCAAUUCUGAAACUCUUGCCCUUACUACAAAAAAGAUUUGGAAUAUGGUGAAGCAAAGUAGAAUGCACCUGCAAGAAGGACAUUUGUCAGUUAUGUGGAAAGAUACAACAUUUAAUUAUGCUUACUUUUUAUGGUUCGAAGAUAAUUCGGGAUCUCCUCUUAAAUUGAAAGUUUAUUUAAAUCAUUUGAUGAAAAAUUUUCCAGUACCUGGUAUACUUUGUGGGGACUAUUAUAGGAAACUGGCUGAAGCGUGUUUUCCUAAAUUAUCUCCAAAUAAAAUUAGGAUCUAUGAAUUAUACUGUGUACAUUUAGGAUUGGCUACCUCAUCUUGCGUUUUGGAGCACUCCAGAAGACUUGCAGCUACUAUAUGGGAAGUUACAGGUGUACCAAACAAUCCUGCUGAUAUUUUGUAAAAAAAUUUAUAUAUACAUAUAUAUUGGAACAGUUGUUUACGUCUAUGCAGUAAAAAUGUAAAAGAAAAAAAGAAAAAGAAAAUUUUGAACUGCCUAUCUAUGAGGUGUUCAAAGUUACGUAUUAAUUCAGUAUUUAUAACAUACGAUAUUCGAAAAUACAUAUUUAUUUUAUACUUUUAUUAAUUUAAUGUAAUAUGUUAUACACAGGAAAGUAUUAGUAUAAAAACCUUUCAAUACUCUUCCCAAGUUUUAUUUAAGCAUAAUAAAGGGCAUAAAAA